CAUCCUGUGGCGCCUAUGGAUCGUAAGCUGCGUCGUGUUCAGCAGAAAGGCGGUGGGAUGCCAGUAAUAUUGCAAAAAUCAUCCUUUCUUCAUGGUGGAGGAGAAAUGGUUCCUGUGCAACCAGAUCAGUGCUCAGUGCUUUUCGAAGAGGUAGCAGUGUACUUCACCAAGGAGGAAUGGUUUCUGCUGGAUCCGAGCCAAAGGACUCUGCACGAGCAAGUUAUGAUGGAGAACUUUGCAAACGUGGCAUAUUUGGCGGCCUGUGAUAUACAAGGAAUCAAAGCAGAAGGAGGACAGGGAGCAUUCUUAGAAAAAUGCUCGGUGCUUUUCGAAGAGGUAGCAGUGUACUUCACCAAGGAGGAAUGGUUUCUGCUGGAUCCGAGCCAAAGAACUCUGCACGAGCAAGUUAUGAUGGAGAACUUUGCAAACGUGGCAUAUUUGGUGGCCUCUGAUGUACAAGGAAUUAAGGCAGAAGAUGGACAGGAAGCACUCUUAGAAAAAGUCAGUGGUGAAGAGGGGAAAGAGCAGAGAAAUCUAAAUGCACAUUUGAAAACCCACACAGGAGAGACGGAACUGAAAUGCUCAAAGUGCAGUAAAGGUUUCUAUGAUAGAUCGACUCUUAGAAAACAUCUGGGUAUCCACACAAGGGAGAAACCAUUUAAAUGCCUGGAGUGUGGAAAGGCCUUCAGUCAGAAUUAUCAGCUUACUGCACAUCAAUGUUUUCACAAAGAGCAGAAGCCAUUUAAAUGCCUGGAGUGUGGAAAGAGCUUCUGUGUGAGUGCUGACCUGACUAAACAUAAUCGAAUACACACAGGAGAAAAACCAUUCACUUGUAUGGAGUGUGGAAAGAGCUUCAGAUGGAAAAAUUGCCUUACAUUACAUCAAAGAAUUCACACAGGGGAGAAGCCAUUUAAAUGCUUGGAGUGUGGAAAGAUAUUCUCUUGGAGUGCAGCCCUGAUUAAACAUAAUCGAAUACAUACAGGAGAAAAACCUUUCACAUGUAUGGAGUGUGGGAAGAGCUUCAAAAUGAAAUAUUGCCUUACAGUACAUCAAAGAAUUCACACAGGGGAGAAGCCAUUUAAAUGCCUGGAGUGUGGAAAGGCCUUCAGUCAGAAUAAUAAGCUUACUGCACAUCAAAGGAUACACACGGGAGAGAAGCCAUUUAAAUGUCCAGAGUGUGGAAAGAGCUUCACUCGUAAUACUGACCUGACAAAACAUAACCGAAUCCAUACAGGAGAGAAGCCAUUUAAAUGCCUGGAGUGUGGAAAGAGCUUCAGUCGUAGUGGUGACCUGACUAUACAUAAUGGAAUACACAGAGGAGAAAAACCAUUCAAGUGUAUAGAGUGUGGGAAGAGCUUCAGAAUGAAAUAUUGUCUUACAUUACAUCAAAGAAUUCACACUGGUGAGAAGCCGUUUAAAUGCCUGGAGUGCGGAAAGGCCUUCAGUCAGAGUAAUAAGCUUAGUGCACAUCAAAAGAUACAUACGGGGGAGAAGCCGUUUAAAUGCCUGGAGUGUGGGAAAAGCUUCACUUUUACUACUGACCUGACUAAACAUAACCGAAUCCAUACAGCAGAGAAGCCAUUUAAAUGUCUGGAGUGUGGAAGGAGCUUUAAUCGUAGUGGUGACCUGACUAAACAUAAUCAAAUACACACAGGGGAGAAACCGUUCAAGUGUAUGGAGUGUGGAAAGGCCUUCAGUCAGAGUAAUAACCUUAUGGUACAUCAAAGAAUUCACACCGGGGAGAAGCCAUUUAAAUGCUUGGAGUGCGGAAAGGCCUUCAGUCAGCGUAAUAAGCUUACUGAACAUCAAAGGAUACACACGGGGGAGAAACCAUUUAAAUGCUUGGAGUGUGGAAAGACCUUCAAUCGUAGUGCUGAGCUGACUACGCAUAAUCGAAUACACACAGGUGAGAAACCAUUCAGGUGUAUGGAGUGUGGAAAGGCCUUCAGUCAGAGUUAUAGACUUAUUGCACAUCAAAGAAUUCACACCGGGGAGAAGCCAUUUAAAUGUCUGCAGUGUGGAAAGGACUUUAGUCGGAGUGAUCAACUUACUGCACAUCAAAGUUUUCACAUGGGAGAAACCAUUUAAAUGCUUGGAGUGUGGAAAGAGCUUCUAUUGGAGUGCUGACCUGUGUAAUCAAAUACACACAGGAGAGAAACCAUUCAAGUGUAUGCCGUGUGGGAAGAGCUUCAAAUGGAAAAAUUGUGUUACAUUACAUCAAAGAAUUCACACUGAGGAGAAGUCAUUUAAAUGCCUUGAGUGUGGAAAGGCUUUGGGUCGGCGUGAUCAACUUACUGCACAUCAAACAAUUCAUACUGGUGAGAAGCCAUCUACACCCCUGCAAUGUGGGAAAGCGUUCACUCCCAGGUAAACGUAAUUACCCAUUAAAGCUUUAGCAGGGAGACCAAACCAUUUAAACGCUUGGAGUGUAAAAAAGGCAUCUGUGAUAAAUCCACUCGUAGAAAACAUCAAAGAAUUCACACUGGCGGAAAGAUAUUUGAGUGCCUGGAGGGUGGAAAGCACUUGGAAUGGACAACUUGCUUUAUAUCAUAUAAGUCACACAUGGAACAAAGCUGAGUGCCUUGAGUGGGGAAUGCAUGUCUGAACAUUUGAAAACUGAACUGAGCCCACAAUGCUUCUGCACCAAAAUCCACUCCAGGUUAUCCAACCACUUGAACAGUACAAUUUCAUAGUGGUGGGGUUGUCAUUUAGUGGUUUAACAAUGGCAAGUCCAAAAUCCCUGCUGAUCCACUGCAAAUCCCUCAGAUCUACCAGACAAGAUCUCUUCUCCAUCAUUGAGGAGCAAGGCAUGCUGGGAUGAAGAUGAAGGGCUGGUGGCGUUUGCUGGUGUGUGAGAGUGAGAACCCUGGAAGAACGCUUCAAAUCUUGUUUGAGCUGGCAUUCCGGAACUUGGAGGUUUUAUUUACCAACUAACAACCUAACAAGAGGCUAAGAAUAAGUAUGAAUCACAACUGAAUUGCAAAAAGUAAAAGAGCUGUGGAGGAGUUUUGCAAUCAAGAGACCACGUGUAAAGACAAACGCUGGUUGUCAGGAAUCGAAAGCACAAGUUCAAGUAAAUUGGGAUAUUGUUAUCGAAUAGCUCCAUUAUAAAUUCUGACAUCCAGAUAUCUACUUAAUUUACAGCUGAGGAGAUAUCUCCUAAAAUAAGUAAGGCAAUGGUGCUAACUAGGGUGGGUUACAAACCCAUUCCUCUGGAUCUCCAUCUGGCGGUCUUGUCAGAAACUAAAGAAACCCAGAAGAUAACUGUGAAAGAUUGUAACUGGAGAUUAGUAUUGGGGCUGUGCACCCCCACCCCUCCCCGAACGGCUUCGGGUCCCGAUCUGGACAUUCCAAAACGGGC